UCAUUUUCUUCUAUUUUUGAUUUCCAGAGACCCCUUCCCAGACSGGCGUUAUAUAUCAGAUGUACAUCACAUACGACAUCAUGUGUGGCACAGCAUCCAUCAUCAACCUAGUAACCAUCAGUCUAGAAAGGUGUCUGUCUGUCACACAGCCCGCCAUUCAUCGUAACCUCUCGGAUACCACCAUUAUGGUCAGUAUCGCGGUCGCAUGGUUAUACGCCCUCAUUGUUGGUAGCCUUACACACAUUAAAAACUCCAGUGGAACUUGGUAUCCUCUGUUCGUCAGUUUUUCCAGCUUUUUCUUGCCGCUUUUUAUCAUUCUUGUCAACUAUGUGAUUAUAUAUCGUAUUGCGGACCGGAGAGCUCGGGCGAGGCGUUCCCGUUCUCUAAGGCGAGAAAUUCGAAUCGCGGUGACGCUUGGCGUGGUCAUCAGCGCCUUCAUCAUUGCCUGGUUACCGUUCUUCAUUAUAAUGCUUGUCUCAAUGUACUGUAAGAAAUGCAAGGUCCCGUAUAAAAUCGUGAUACCGCUGGUUAAAUGGAUGCAUUACAGCGGCUCAAUGGUGAAUCCUAUCAUCUAUACUUAUAGAAAUAGAGACUUCAAAAGAGCGUUCCUCAAAAUACUCUGUGAAUGGCGCGAAGAUAAGCCCAUGACACACAAAAAAUUUUGUAACCUUGGAGCCAACGGACAUAAAAACGCGUGCAAUAAAUGCAAACGAACUAGCAGUAUGUGUAACUGUCCACUAGAGAGCGACAGUAAAGAACACCAUGAAUGUGAGAGACGAACUUCGUGUUGUGGGAUAGACGAUAACUGUAUUCAAGAAUACAAGACAAAAAUUAUUGGCAAAAAAGAGACGCAAAUUGUGUGGAAAAAUGGCCAGAAUAAUGCACUGGAAGAUCUAGAUUUACGCGGUUGCGAGAAUAAAACUGAGAGCUAAUAGAGUACAGAAUAUUCACCCUGUUAAAUACAGCAAAAGUUUCACAAACGUUUUCGUUACACGAAGCUGACGGACUCUGAGCCUACGUUCCUUCUGGUCAGCAUCUAUCGUUGCUUUCCACUGACCAACAGAAUUGAGGGCACCUUCGAGACGAGAAAGACGCUUAGCGAAGUUUGAUUUUCUCGACGAAAGAAAAGCAUUUUUGUUCAUAAAACUCAACAUUUUGACAUCGACUCAAGUCGCAACGUACAAUGUGAAGUAGAGUGAUUUGGCCUUGGCCCGUGAAAGAAUAGUAAACGUAAACAUUGUUUUACAGGCCAAGUAAAAUCACUUUAGUGUUCUUGAAAAAAAAAACGCUUCUCAAUCCACACAAUAAAAGGAAAGAAARUCAGGCAUUUAUUGUCGAUAAAAUAAAAAUAAAACAAUGAACUUUUCACAA